UAGUUUCAAGUAUUUUAUAUGAUUAAUGGCGAUUAUUUUCAUGCGCAAAUCGAAUUUAAGAAUUCGAAUAAUUAUGUUAUUUAGUAACUAGGUAUCGUAUGUCAUUUAUAGGAGAUGCAUUGUUGAAUUUUGUAUCACUGAAUUAUGGAGUCUCGCGAGAGCGAAAUAAAUCAUCGUUUCGUAUAAUCAUACAGCAGGUUCACACGUUACUCCGAAUCAACUGUAUAACGUAUAUGAUCCAAGAAAUUGCUUGUUAAUUGAUUUAUUGUAUAUCAUGGUCGUACUGUUUAUGAGCAUUACACGAACAGCACAUAUUCAACAUUUUAAAUAAAGAAUUAACCUUUGAUCUGUAUUUAGUCGUUCACUUGAAAGCAAAGUAUUAGCAUGCUUGAAAGCCAAGGUAACAAAUUUCGGGAAUUAGCUGCGCGACGACAAAAAUUCUCGAGGGAAACGUUUUGAUUCGCCAUAAAUCGUUAAUAUAACUAAACAUGAUCCUCGUUUGCACAUCGUGAAAGUUUCUCACAUACCGAAUUUAUUCUAAAUUUUCUUCGUGCGUGUGCAUCACGGUGUACAGCAUUCCGAGUUCCGGUUUAAUUCUUUUGUGUUUUAUAUGGACAAUCGAGAAUGCAAAGUGAACGUCUAGUAGUUAAGUAUAUAACAGUGAACAACUGUUUUGUCUAUUUGCCGGACACCUGGCUACGUAAAUUGGAAACUAAGGAGAAUGUAAUUAAAAUAGAGCACAAUGGUAAAACGUAUUACGCGUCCUGCAAUGCAGGUGGAAAUUCCAGCGAUACGCUAUGUUUCGGUGCAACGUUUGCCAGAAGUCUGAGCAUCUCGGAAGGGGACGAAGUGUUUGUGUCUUCCGUGAAAGACGUGCAACCCUUAACGCGAGCCAAUGUUGUACCACGCACUGCGGACGAUAGGGAAAUUUUGGAAGUUCAAAUGGACAGAGUGCAGUCGACGUUGCUAAAUCAAAUACGCGUGGUAGUGGUGGGUCAACCCAUCGUCGCGUGGGUUUCGAAGUUCUCCUCUGUGACAUUUAUCGUAGAAUCUCUGGAGCCGAGUCUCAGGUACGGAAGGCUUGAGCAGUUCACCGAGGUCCACGUAGGAGAUGCAAUGAUGAAUUCGAGCAAAGACGUUUCCAGGAAGGACUACGAAAGCUCCUCAAAAAUCGUAGACAACCUUCACGCCGUUCUCAAAAGGUUUCUGCCAUUUGCAAUGGACCAAGUCGACGAGAGGACACAAGAGAAUAGGUCAGCUAGAAACUACGAGCUAGUGCAGAGCUUUCGAGACAAGAAGGAACCAGCUAUAUACCGUGUUCACCCGAUGCCAAGGAUUACCUUCGACGACGAGGACGUUGACGUGAUCGCGCGUUGUCCUUAUCACGUGUUCGUUCCGAGGAGCCAGGCGCCGAGAUUCGCGGAAAAUUUCGCGGAUGAUUUCGCGAUCUGUGGCGCGAAGAAGGUGCCAGAGAUGAAACAAUACGCAAACAUGACCAGCACCAGCUUCCUCGUGAACGACGAGUCUCCUGUGCCGAAGUUGGCCGAGAAAUUAAUCGUCAGACUGUUCAUCCUCGAGGAUCUAUUAGAGAAGUCCUCCAAUUUGGACAGAGACCACUUCGACACCGAUCUGCUUCACAGACGUGUGUACGUGUCGGAUAGUUUGAGGAUCACGUUGGGUUUGAGAAUUGGAGGAAAGGUGAGCCUGUGGCAGGUAGAAUCUCCUCAGGAAGUCGCUCCAUCCUCCGUCGAGCUGUUUUCAUGGAGAGACUCGGUGUCCACGGAGAAGUUCGAGGGUUACGUCAGGACGCUUGCGACUCGCCACGAGUUGCUUAUCAAUUCUUGCUCCGCCGUCGUUAUGGACGAUGGUAGUAUGUGCGUGGUGAAAAUUUCGCCGGAGAAUUGCACGGUGGCCGCGAUAGACGAGGCCGUUUUGAAGGGAUUACGGGUACAUUCGAGAUCGGUGAGCGAGAGGAGCCAUCUGCGAUUACCCGAGCAGUUGGAUCAGGAGGUUCCUCGGGUGGAGAAGAUUAGCGUAACACACUUGGAGAAUACUCUAACGGAAUGCAAGCUUUCGCUCGAUCUGAGUCUAGGCCUGCGCAAGCGAUUAGGAUUCGAAUACGAUCGAGAGAACAUUUUAAUUUGCGGAGACGUUGGCUCCGGCAAAACUACCAUCUGCAAAAUACUCGUCCAAUACUUGCGAAACGCGCCGUAUUUCGUCCACACCAACAUGAUCGACUGUAGAUCGUUGAAAGGUAAAAAGGCUGAGAUGUUUCAAAAAUUUGUGACCACCGUCCUGACAGAGUGUGUUUACUACCAACCCUCUGUAUUGUUUCUGGACGAUUUGGAAUCGAUCACGAACGCGUCGACGAACGACGAAGAAAAUACCCCGGAUGCUAUGAAUGCCGCUAGAAUCGUGGACAUGCUGGUUAACACUGUGACGCAGUAUCAAGAAUCUCAUUGCAUAUCAGUCGUCGCGACGUGUGCUGGCGUUAACAAGCUAGGCCAGAAAUUAAGGCCAGCUAGGGGAUCUAAUUUCUUUAGGACGGUUUUGUCGAUACCGAAUCUUGAUAAGGUGCACAGAAUCGAUAUUUUGCAAUUAAUGCUCGGGGACAAGUUGUACGUGCCCGUAGACGUGAAUUGGGAUUACUAUGGAAACAAGACCGAGGGAUGGAUGGUUCAGGACCUGGUGGAUAUGGCUGAGAAAGCUGCGUUCGCUGCUUGGAAGCGUACAGGAGCCUCGAGGCCGCCUGUCGUUAUCACGGAAGAGGACGUGUCGAUUGCCAUGAAGAAUUGUACGCCGAUGUCUUUGCAAGGCAUACAAUUGUACAAAGGCGGGAGCCACGUUUGGUCGGAUAUAGGGGGACUGGCAGAAGUGAAAAAGUCUCUCGUCGAGAUUCUACAGUGGCCGUUGAAGUAUCCAGAGAUAUUUAAGAACGCGCCGAUUAAGCUACAAAAUGGCGUCUUGUUGUACGGGAUGCCUGGAACGGGGAAGACGAUGCUGGCCAAGGCGAUCGCCAACGAAUGCGGCGUCAACUUAAUUAGCGUGAAGGGUCCAGAGUUGCUAUCGAAAUAUAUCGGCGUCAGCGAGGAGUCUGUUAGAAACGUGUUUGAAAGAGCUUUCCGCGCUAAACCGUGCGUACUGUUCUUCGACGAAUUCGACAGUCUCGCUCCCAGACGAGGCCACGAUAGUACCGGCGUGACGGAUAGAGUCGUGAACCAAUUGUUAACGCAAAUGGAUGGCGUGGAGGACAGAGAAGGGGUAGCGGUGGUCGCAGCAUCUUCGAGGCCAGAUUUGUUGGAUCCAGCUCUUCUGAGACCUGGACGUCUCGAUAAGGCGUUGUACUGUCCGUUACCAUGCACGACGGACAGAGAGGCGAUUCUGGCCGCGCUCUGCAAAACACAGAACGUGGACGUGGUUGAAUUAGAUUUAAAGGAAUUGGCGGAGCUUACUCCCGGAUUCACCGGGGCAGAUUUGAAUGCUGUGAUCACACAGGCCAGAUUGUCAGCUUACGAAGACGCAGUCGCCAAAGUUUCCGACGGAAAAAUCGAGGCUGGGGACAUCAGAGUCCUCCCAGGACAUCUCGUCGAUUCCGUCAAGUCCACUCAGCCGUCGUUGUCCACCGUUGAGAAGGAAAAGUACAAGAGGAUUUACGCCAGGUUUGCGAGGAACGACAACUUCACGGAGGAUAUGCUGAAGAAUCAGAAGGCUACUUUGGCAUGAGUUUUUACAUUUAUGUAUUUAUGGUGGAUAGAUACAUAGUGGAUUGGUUUGAAGGAUUAAUGUAUGUGGUAGGAUUAGGGGUUUUUUAUACUGUGGAAAUAAAAGUGAUUUUGUUUCUAAACGGGACCUACAUUGGAAGGUAAAUAAUUUUGUAGGAGAAUUUUCUAACUGAACUCGUCGAAAUUAUUAAGAGAAUACUUUUGAUAUUGAACGUG